GUGGACCUGAUUGCGCUGGACCUCUCCCGCCGCCUGCCCUACCGUUUUAAGCCAUCAUUCAUCAGGGCGGCCCUGGCCCGCGGCGUGCAUUUUGAGAUCUGCUUUGCACCGGCACUUCGCGAGGUGGGCCUGCGGCGGCAACUGUUUGCCAAUGCGCUGGCGCUGUGCCGAGAGACGCGGGGGCGCGGCAUUGUGGUCAGCAGCGGUGCACGCAGCUACACGGAGCUGCGGGGGCCUUUAGAUGUGGCCAACUUGGCCACCCUGUUUGGUCUAACACAGCAGCAGGCGCUGGCAGCGGUGACCAGCGCGCCAGCGGCGGUGGUGCAGCGCUCGGUGGCGCGUAGGGCCUACCGCGGCACGCUCACC